UUAAUGGCACCCUUCACAUCUCUCGACAAAUUAUUGUCUAAAGGGCUUUAGCUGCUACUGUCAUGCACCUUAAUGUGUUCUAUGGAAAAUACAAUCAAGUCCAGUAUUUGGGAGAAGAAAAAUCACAUUGUGUUCGGUAUAUAUAUACGUCGGGAUCGUAUUCAGAUCUUUGCACACGACACUGUCAAAGUCGUCGCCAAGAAAAAAAUUUGCUGUACUCGCCGGCGUGUUUAGCAAAGAUUCACUAUGUCCGCAUUAAAGGCUGUCUGUGUACUGAAGGGUGCAGAUAACAGUGUUACAGGAACAGUGCACUUUAGUCAAGAGGCAUCAGGUUCCCCCGUGACUCUUACUGGGGAGAUCAGUGGGUUGGCACCAGGACAACAUGGAUUCCAUGUUCAUCAGUUUGGAGACAACACCAAUGGUUGUAUCAGUGCUGGAGCUCACUUUAAUCCCUUUAACAAAGAACACGGAGCACCGGAGGAUACAGACAGACAUGUUGGGGACCUGGGAAAUGUUGGGGCUGGUGAGGAUGGAAUUGCCAAAGUCAACAUUACAGACAAAAUGAUUAACCUGGCUGGUCCACAGUCUAUUAUUGGGAGAACUAUGGUGAUUCACGCUGACAUUGACGAUCUUGGAAAAGGAGGUCAUGAACUCAGCAAGACGACUGGUAAUGCUGGUGGACGUUUGGCUUGUGGAGUGAUUGGGAUCACCAAGUAAACAUUGCCAUUCUACAAACUCGGCUAAUUCCAAUGAUCCGUACCACCCUGUUAGGAUUUUGUGUUGUUCGUCAGGUUCAUAGUGAUUGUUUCAAGUCUCCAUGAAUGUCAUUAAUUAAAAUUAAUCGCUGUAUACUUGAAAGAUCACAUAGUUCUGUCUUCUUGUACUUUGGUAUUCGGUGCAGUGAAAUGAUAUCUUCAUCAUGUCUACGAUCUAUUAUUGUGAUGCUUCAUGACAUUGAUUAAUUAAAAUUUAACAAUUGUAGUCAAUAAAUCUAUGUUGAAUGACAUAAUAGUACAAUGUAUUUGAUCAUAAUAAUUAUGAAAUAUUUAAAAAAAAAAACAACUUUCGA